UUUAAAAAAAAUAUUUGGCUUUUGAAGACAUCCGUCCUACGUCCAAGUUAAUAUUUGUCAGCUUAUUUGGAUACAGACAUCCAAACACUUCAUCUCAUAGCACAAACCAUGGAUGAUAACAGUUUUGCUGCGAUUUACAGUGAGAAUGAUCCCAUCUACUCAAACUUUACUCACCCUUUUAACUUAACGUACAGUGAUUAUGAGUCUAAUGAUGAUGAUGAUGACGUGACAAAGACAAAAACAUUUUAUGCGGCAAAGAUCGUGAUUGGGGUAGCACUUGUAGGCAUCAUCCUGAUUUGCGGUAUUGGAAAUCUUAUCUUCAUCGCAGCCCUUGCACGCUACAAGAAACUGAGAAACCUAACCAACUUGCUAAUAGCAAACUUGGCGAUUUCAGAUUUUAUUGUAGCUAUUGUUUGCUGCCCCUUUGAAAUGGACUAUUAUGUUGUGAAACAGCUGUCUUGGGAGCAUGGACACACCCUUUGCGCAUCUGUAAAUUACUUAAGGACUGUGUCCCUUUACGUGUCUACAAAUGCACUCCUCGCCAUAGCCGUAGACAGAUAUUUGGCAAUUGUUCAUCCAUUGAAACCUCGAAUGAAUUACCAAACUGCUUCAUUCUUAAUUGCUUUAGUAUGGAUCAUAUCUCUACUCAUCGCUAUACCUUCAGCUUAUUUUGCCACAGAAUCAGAUUUUGUCCUUGCAAAAAGCCAAAAAAAGAUUUUCUGUGGCCAGAUUUGGCCAGUAGAUCAACAAAUUUAUUAUAAAUCAUAUUUUCUCUUUAUUUUUGGCAUUGAAUUUGUUGGUCCAGUUUUUACCAUGACAUUAUGCUAUGCCAGGAUCUCCCGAGAACUUUGGUUUAAGGCUGUUCCUGGAUUUCAAACUGAACAAAUACGUAAACGUUUACGAUGUCGGCGAAAGACUGUCCUGGUGUUGAUGUGCAUCCUUAUCGCUUAUGUGCUCUGCUGGGCUCCAUUUUAUGGAUUCACUAUUGUUCGAGAUUUUUUCCCAGCAAUCUUUGUGAAAGAGAAGCAUUACCUUUCAGCCUUUUAUAUUGUAGAAUGUAUUGCGAUGAGCAAUAGCAUGAUCAACACAAUGUGUUUUGUGACUGUUAAAAAUAACACAGUUAAAUACUUUAAGAAGAUCAUGCUGCUUAGAUGGAGGUCAACAUAUAGUGGGAGCAAAGGUAGUGCAGAGUUAGAUUUCAGGACUACUGGAGUUCCUGUUACAGAAGAGGUUGACUGCAUUAGAUUGAAAUAAAUGUUUGGUUUUUAAAAGUUCUACUGCAUAUCAAACAAAUAUAUCAAUUGUAUAAUAAAUUGUAUAAGAAAGGAGAAUGGACUUAAUUGCAGUAUACUAUUGGUAAAGAGAACA